GAUCUUCUUCGACUCUUGAGCCAGAAAACUAAAAUGUCGAAAGUUACGUUUAAAAUCACCCUUACGUCGGAUCCAAAACUACCAUUCAAAGUGUGCUGAGUUGUGGCGUUUCUACAUUGAAGUUACAUCGCUUUAUUGACUUAAAAACAUGGACGUUGCUGCAGUCCGAGAGUUCAUCGACUUUUUCCAAGAGUUUUUGGCCAUAAAUGAGGAUAAAAAUUGGCCUCUAGAAUCCACUACUGAAAAUGAAUUUAGAGACGCUUUUGAAGUAGCUGAACACAUCGAAAAAUGCGUCGAUAGGUUCAAACGACAAGGCGUUUUUGAAGAAUUUCUUGACACCCUAAUAAACGACAACCAAAGACGAUCAAGACCAUUUGUACGAGAUUGCUUGACUCAUCCGCCAAGGAUAAUUUUGAAGAAGAUUAUUAAUUCAAAAACCAGUAUUAAGCAAGUUGAAGUCGGAGUUAAACUUUAUUUGGAGAUGUAUUCUGAAGACAUGUUACAUUCAAGUCUCAUAGAUCUUUUUGUGGAGACAGCAUCUAAAGAAACUUUGAUAAGAAACUUGUCUACAGAAUUGUCCGAGGGACAGCUUGUUAGGUUUCAAACAAAAGUAUUCCUGAGUGAAUUAAACAGUUGCAAUGAACCAGAGAACUUUGUGAAAGACCUAUUAAAUGAUGCGAGUCAAGAAUGUUUAGAGAUAGUACUUGUAGGUUUGCUGAAUGAAGAACCGAAAUACCAAAAUGCAGUGCGUAGCAUUGAAGUAGUAGUCGAGCAAAUUAUGGUCCGUAAGCAACUCGCAGAUAAAAAAUUCUGGAAGCAUUUUUUCCUAAUCAGGGACAAAUAUUUCAGGAGAAUAUGCCGCAAAUAUCAAAAUUUGUUUGAUCAUGUAUGCACUGUACUGUUUGAUGUCGGUAGACUGUUUAAAGAAAAGAUGUCCAUGGAAUUCUUUUAUAUUGAAAUGUCAUAUAAAGAUUUUAAGUAUGUAGUACAAACCCUGUGUGAGCAAAUAGAGAUGAAGUAUAAGUUUAUUGAUAUUGCACUGGAACGUAGUGGUGACCCUGAGUAUUGGACGUGGUUAAUUCAAAAAGUUGAAUUUUAAAUAACUUGUCGCUUUGGGCUAAUGGGGUAAAUAAUAGUAAUAAAUCGAAAGACAGAACAUUCCAUAUUAUAGGCCAGUUGGUAUUAAAUUUCUUUCAUUGUUUAUUAAACAGUGUCACUUACAACCAUCCAGGCUCACAACUUGUUCAUCCCAUCACUUGAUGCCAUAAAAAAAACUUAUUUGACUUGUGUGAAUUCAUUCAUUCAAUUGAAAAUUAAAUUUAAAAUCAUCAUAAAAAUUAGAACAAUAAGGAAAAUAAAGUAAACAUCAAAGAUUUCAGCUACAAUAAAUAUGAUUUUGGUCUUACUAAUGCAAUUGUUAGUUGUUUUAUGUAAUAAGUAGGACUGAAAAGGGUACUUCAAUGGCUUGGUCAUAUAGAGUUAUAGAAUGAAUGUGAAGCGAAAUGCGAAGAAUGAAUGUGAAGGGAAAUGUGAAGAUAUUAGAACUUAGCUUACAGAUGUCAGAUUGAGUGUGUGCUUAAUAAAGAACAUACAAAUUGACUUUGUACCCAAAGAAUGAACUUGAGUGACUAAAAUGGAUGAUAGAAGUAAAAGAAACAAAAGGGAUAUAUCAGGAGUACAGCAUGUUGAUGUUCGUAGGCACUCCCUCACUGGGAGGAAGACGUGGUAUGUAUUUCAAUUAUUAUUCAUAUGUAUAGUUGUGGUGAAAUAUAAUGAUUACCUACAUAUUUUAAGAACGUGUCGACAUGCCCCAUCGCAAACUUUUUUCAUAAUUUGUAAAAUAAUUAUUGUUUUGUCGUGUUCUCAACACGAGGGAACAGACAUUACAUUAAAGAAAGACGAAUAUUGUUUAAUGUUGUAACCUUUGUGAGAGACUAAAGUCUAUACUAGGCAACUAAACUUGUAUUAUAGCCUUC